CAAUGGCUGGAGAUAUAAUCUAUGCUGAUAUCAAACAUUCAUCUUCAGAACAUUCAUCUUCACGUCAGAGAUCUGAUUCUCACCACCAUGGAAUUUUCCUGAAAGUUGAAUGUGCAAUGAUUAUCAUCCUUCUUGUAAUAGUAAUUGUGCUGAGCAUUUUUGUUAUCCAGUUCAAAUCUGCAAGACAUACUAAAGUAAAUAAUGAAUCAAAAGAGAAAUACUGUACUGGGCAAAAUAAAUCUGAAACAAGCACCUCAAUAGGUUAUUUCAACUCUUCUACUGCUAGUAAAUCAUGCCCCUCUGAAGACUGGAAGCUACAUGGGGGGAAAUGUUACUGGGUUGCUAAAAGUGAGAAAUCUUGGAAUGAAAGUAAAAAUGACUGUGUCAUGAAAAAUUCACAUCUCAUGGUGAUCCAAGACUUCAUUGAUAUGAGUUUCCUAUGGCGGAACCUACAGGCUUCAGCCUCUUAUUGGGUUGGUUUGAGGAGCCCUCCUGGAGAGGAAUUAUGGACCUGGGUGGACAAUAGCACUUUUGACCCCCAGCUGUUUUCAAAGAAAAAAAAAAAGCCACGGACCAGGAGUAUGAAAUGUGUCCUGGUGUCUUAUACUGAGAUAACUGAAGAAAGUUGUGAGAAACAUCAUCAGUGGAUUUGUCAACUGUAAUCCACUCGGCAGAAAAUUGGUCUCCAUUUGUCUGACUGAGAGACACCACAUGAAGCUUGAGCUCAGAUCAUAAGAAAGUUCAGAGGGUUGCAUGUGUCCUAGAGGGCUGUGUGUGUGUGUGUGUGUGUGUGUGUGUCCAUUUAUGAUUCAUGUGGGUAUAGUAUUAUUUCUCAGAAGUGUGGAAAGGGUAAUAGAGAAAAUGUUUUAGAA